AAAAAAAAAACCACCACUUGAUCAUGGGAAAAUCAGCUUCCAAACAAUUUGCUGAAGAAGUCUUGAAAGCGCACAAUGACUACAGGAAGAAACACGGAGUCCCCCCAUUAAAACUCUGCAAGAAGUUAAACAGAGGAGCCCAACAGUAUGCAGAAGAACUGGCUACCACAAGGGUCCUCAAACACAGCUCCGAGUCUGCUAAUGGAAAAUGUGGAGAAAACCUAGCAUGGGCAUCCUAUGACCAACCAGGAAAGGAUGUGGCUGACAGAUGGUACAGUGAAAUAAAAAAUUACAGCUUUCAAAACCCAGGCUUUUCUUCUGGGACAGGUCACUUCACAGCAAUGGUUUGGAAGAACACAAAAAAGAUGGGAGUUGGAAAAGCAUCUGCUAGUGAUGGCUCAACGUUUGUGGUGGCUAGAUAUGAUCCAGCUGGAAAUGUAGUAAAUCCAGGCUAUUAUGAAGAAAAUGUCCUUCCUCCAAGAAAAUAACUUUUUUUUUUUUUUAAAGUAGUCUUAUUGCUUAAUGACAAGUGAACCUGGAUUUGGACUUAACAGUGUUUGAAAUGAAGUACGAUUCAAUGAAAUUUCCUGUUUGAUACUGCUGUUCACUUCUCAUUACAGCGGAAGCAAUUACGUGUUGCUUGAGUCGAUCUGCACAUUAGGUCCCUGUUGUUUCUGAGGGGGCUUCAGUUUAUUUGAGGAUGAAGUAUAUGCAGCAUUUCUGAAGGGUAAAAUUUAUAAGGGUUUUUUUUAAUAGUUUGCAUGAACUCUGUGUCAGCAUGUGAGUAAGCACAUGUUGGAUGUCUUUUUUUAAACAAGCAAAUUUAUAGCUUUCUGUAAACUGAAGAUACCAGCUUGUAAUUAUAUCACAUACUCCCAGUUUUCCAGUAUUUUUUAAUAACUGUAACGUCUUUGCUCUAUCUAUACCUCCUGCUUCUGUGGGGCCUUCUCUCUGCAGAUGGAACAUAUGCAAAACUUCCCGUAUGAAAGGUACACGUGUAAAAUGUAGUGGCAUUCAGACCUAUGUGUUUUUAUGAAGAGGAUCUCACGGAACACUAAAACAUUGCUGGCAAAAUUGUAUCUGUCAAGCAAGCCAUAAUUAAUGCAUGACCUGAAAGCUACUAAAAUUGUUUAAAUCCCAGCGUUACAUUUUAGGUGCUAAUAUUUAAAAUCUAUUUGAGAUGAGUGUAUUUCAAGUUCAAACCCCAUCUUGCAGUUUACAGUAUGUACAUUGUCUUAUAAUCAAAUCGUUUACUUCUGUUACAGGAGAGUAAGAUACUACUUUUUCUCUUAGAUAUUUACGCACAAAAAAGUUUCUUUGAUGGAGCACGUUGGAUGUCAUUUCUCAAUAACUUAUUUUUAUUUCCUAAGGAAUAUCUUCUGCAGGUGUCAUGCUAUACAGACAAUAACAUUCCCAAAUCAUCUCUUGUCUCCUUUAAUAAUGUCACAGUAGGAGGUAUUCACA